AAUAAAAAUUCGAUUCGCCGCUUUUGAGGACCGAAUUUUUUUAAUCCUUGUUUUUUAUACAUUUAUUCAAAAUGGAUUGGACUUACGAUGCGAUAAUUGGGUUCAGCAAUGGGAUGUUAAAAGGUGUUGAACUUAAAAAUAAUAAGUUUAAAUACAUAAAUUUAUUAGAUGCAUCUUUAACGCUCAAUAACCUUAGCGUUUAUGAUGAAAGCAAAAUUAUAAUAAGCUCAAAAAGAAAAAUGUUAUUAUUCGAUUUGAAAAAUAAGAAAAUGUCUAAGAAAUAUAUCAUUAGAGAAUCAGGAAAUAUUAUUGGUGUAUUUAAAAAAAAUAAUGUUUUAAUUGCUGGAGUGAACAAUGGAAUGGUGGUGGUUAAACCUAUCAAACAAUCUAAAAUUGUUUCGGAAAAAUUAAGCGCUGGAUCACAUUUAUCAUGUAUUAGAGAAGUUCUUACAUUAGAUAAAUUUGCAACAGGAGGAAAUGAAAAUCCGUUAAAAAUAUGGGACUUGGAAACGGGAAAGGUUGAAUUUACUGCUAAAAGUCCUAAACCAGACAUGCUUCAACUCAAAUUGCCUUGUUAUGUGUCUGAUAUUCAAUUUUUUAAUAACAAUAAAGCAGUAGUUUCACACAGACAUGGAGUGGUCGAUUUACAUGAUCCAUUGUCUAGUCAAAGAAGACCAGUAGCAUCUUGUAAAGCUGAAAACACAGGUUUUGUUAGCUUAAGGACUAUGCCAGAUUACAGUGAUUAUGAAGUAAUUGUCGGAACAACGAAAGGAAAUAUUUUUCAUUAUGAUUUCCGUGGAAAAUCUACAUUGCCAGUGAAAACAUUUAGAGGAAGUACUGGUUCUGUAAAAUCAGUAUCCUGUAUUAAUUAUUUAGACCAAAUGCAUGUAAUGAGCAUAAGUUUGGACUGUCAUGUAAGACUACACAAUUUUAGUAGUGGUAAACUCACAAUGCAGGAUUAUAUUGUAGCGAAGCCAGUUGCAUUAUUAAUCAAGCCCUGAGUGGUUAUUCUGGACGUCCAAAAUACUAAACAUCUUAACUCAAAAAUAUUUGUUAUUUCCUAUGAUCUAUAGCUCAUAUAAUUAAAAAAAAAAUAAAAUGUUUUUCGUUUGUUUUUGUAAGAUAUAACCUUAACAUCAAAUCUAGAUAUGAAAAUAUAUUCUUUUCAGUUAUUUUAAA